AUGAAAAGCGUAAAAGAAAAGAGAGUUAAGCUCCCAACAGAUUUAAUUAACUUCAUAAAAACCAGCGGUGCCAUCGCCAAGUACAAGGCUCGCUUCCAGCAGAGUCUCAGGAAUCCCGUUUCCAUUGAGGUGGGAUCAGACGUGGUUUUAUCCAGUUUGUCCUCUGGUGCCCUGGAUGAGGCUUGGGCAGCAGUGCAGAGAGACCUGAGUGUGGACACUGUGAAGCUGCAGGGAGCUUCAGCUGCACCUCCAGAUCUGAACAGAGUUAAGGAAAUCCUCAUCAAGGCCAAGAACGAGGCAAACUGUCGAGACUUCAGAGUGGACGUCAGCUUCAUCCCAGGACCCGGUGGAACCUCAGAGACCAAAGUACGGUUGGUGGGCUACACUGAACAUGUGAACAAGCUGAAAGAGGUUCUGCAUGACUACCAGAUGAAUCAGGCUGAGAUACAAGAAGUGCUGAACCUACCGCAUCCUGGGAUGGAGGUCCAGCGGGCCCUAACGUCAACUCUAGCCAGCCUGACGUUAGACACACUAGUUCUAGACGGACCAGGAGCUCAGCGGUACUUCCAGGCAGAGGGUAAAGUCAGCAAGGAUCUGAUAGAGAGCUUCUAUGAGGUCCUUAUCAGGGAACAACAAAGUGUGCACUCACCAGAUGUGAAAACCAAAUCACUAAGCAUCAGCAGACCCAGACCCAGCCCACGUGUCACACCCAGACAGCGCAGCCACACUGUUGGGAGCAUCGCAGUCAACAAAACAAACCUGAAGAUCAAGCUCGGCAGUUUGGAGGAUGAGCAGGUGAAUGUGUUGGUCAUCCCUAUGCUGAAUAGGCAUCUAGCUUCUACUAAAAUUGGUCAGUGUCUGCUGAGUAAAGCUGGUAGUAGAAUCAUGAUAAACUUUGCCCUGAUGGCAACAAAGCAUACCUUCAGGCCUGGAGAUGUUCUGCAGAUUGAUGGGCCUCCGUCUUUGGACUGCUCCAAGCUCUUCUUCAUUGAGUGCUUGCCUUGGGAUGGAGUCAGAGGAAAGAGUUUACAGGCUCUUAGCAAUGGACUGAAGAAGUGUUUGGACCUCUGCGUACAGCAGGGCUUGAGUUCAGUGGCCUUUCCAGUUAUCGGACCUGGAAUCGUGUUAAAAUACCCGCUGAGAGAAGCAAUUCAAGUGCUGACUGAGAACAUUCGCCAGUUUGGAUUAUCCACAUCCUCUGGUUCUCUCUCCACCAUCCACGUCGUCAUUAAACCUGGCUAUCGUGACUCUGAGCAGUGCUACCAUGAUGUCUACAGACACCUCAGCUUGAGCAUGAAUCAAGGAAGCCAAGUAAUCUUCAGCUCCCUCGCCAGCGACCUUGAUGACGUCACCAUGACAGUGGGAGGUGGGGUUAAACUACAGCUGGUGUUUGGUGACAUCAGCAGUGAGAAUACAGAUGCUGUGGUGAACACGACCAACUUUGUUCAUUUUCAAAGAGAUGGUGUGUGCAAAGACAUCUUAACUAAGGCUGGACCCCAGCUGGAGGCAUUACUGAAAAGCGCUAAAGUCAACAGAGGAGAGGUGUUUGAGACUCAGCCUGGAUCAUUCCCUUGUAAAGCCAUUUUACACGUGUACGGACAAAACGAUGCAGGCAUCGUCAAACAACUGGUGUGUCGCAUCAUUCAACACUGUGAAACAUCUGGAUACAAGUCUGUGGCGAUUCCUGCCAUAUGUGCAGGGGGUGGAGGGCUGGACCCUGGUGUCGUGGCACGUGCCGUCCUUCGAGGGGUGAAGAUUGCCACAUCAUCUGCUUCCCUCUACUCUCUCACCAACAUUCGUCUUGUACUGAUUAAGAUCAGGGUUUUCUUGGCAUUUAAACACCAAGCAACGCAGACGUUUCCCUCUGCUGUAAUCAACACAGUGUCAGCACUUCAGUUGCCUGAUGUACCGAAGCAACAGUCCCCAGUGUCUAUUAAUGCAGACCAAAGCAUCCUCCCUACCAGCUCCACCGAGCAGUCCGUCUUCAUGUUUCUGGGUCUUUGCAAAAAAAAUGUUGAAGAUGCCAUGACAAGGCUGAAGGGUCUGUAUCAGGCUCAGUGCGCCACACUAACUUGGACAAGGGAGGACCUUCAGGGCCUCACCCAGCAUGACAUGAACAAUUUCAACCAGCUGGUACAGAACCUGGGUCUGUACAUGCAUCAGGACCAGGGCAGCUUAACGCUGAGCGGGUUAAAAGAAAGGGCCGACCAGGUGAUACAGAUCAUUCACACCAUCGGUCGGCUUAGGAGAGAAGCCAGAGCCAGGGAGGAGGAAGAUUUGCACAGUCGUGUGGCUUGGUGCAUCCUGGGGCAAAGCGGCAGGUGGGAGAGGCUUCCCAAAACAGCCAAUCACAACCUGGAAAACCGUGAAGUACUGGGAGGGAUAGUGGACGCACACAGCAUCCUGUGGAGAGUGGAUCUACAGAAGAUGGAGGCCACAAGACACGUGACCGGACAGACGGCGAAGCUGAAGCGACUAGAGAAUCUGCCAGACCUCGCUCUCCCUCUGUACUGGGACAACAUGGCGGAGAUAGAAAGUCUGAAGGUGGUUGCACUGAAUCCUUUCUCUGCAGAGUACCGGACAGUGGAAGAGUCCUUCAAACAAACUGCCACCAUGACUAUCCUGAAGAUCGAGCGUUUGCAGAAUAUCCAUCUGCUUCGUGCCUACGAAGCGCAGAAGAAGCACAUUUCUGAUAAGAAUGGACAGAAAAGGGUCGGUGAAAAGAUUCUGUACCACGGGACGACAGAGGACAAAACCGAAUCCAUCAUAAAAACUGGGUUCAACAGGAGCUUCGCUGGGCAAAAUGCAACUUCAUUUGGCCUUGGAACCUACUUUGCCGUGGAUGCCAGAUACUCAGCCCACCCCACCUACUCCAAGCCGGCUGCUGACGGUUCCCAGUUAAUGUUCGUGGCUCGAGUCCUGACUGGCGUCUACACUCGGGGCUACAGGGGCAUCAAGGUGCCGCCGCCUCUCAACAACCAGCAGCCACACGACCGCUACGACAGCGUGGUGGACGAAAUAGACGAGCCCAGCAUGUAUGUCGUGUUCCACGAUAACCAAGCGUACCCGGACUACCUCAUCACCUUCAAGUGACUGUGAGGGAAGGAAUGAUAGGCUACAGCCAUAUCAAUGUUUGACCUUUUACACACUCACCCACGUCAUUGUCAGUUACUGCAAUUACUCUCAUUUUCAGAUUCAACACUUUUUUUAUUCUUAUCAGUUUUUGUUGUUAUUAUAAUAUUUUCUGUGGGCCCAGAACUUCAUUGCAUAUUUUGUAAAUUGUUAUUUUUUUCAUUUUGGGUCAAUAAACCCCCCUUUUUCUUUUCUUUUUUUAAAUAUCCAUUGCAUCUGUCUGUUCUAUAAUAAAUUAUUCAGCAAAUUGA